GCCGCCUCCUCCGCCUCCUCCUCCUCCGCGGCAGCCCUCCGGCCGGGACUCGGCCGAGCGGAGUUGCGCGUGUGGCCGAAGGGGGGGGGUGGGCCUGGGGAGCGGAGGUUCUUUCGGCCGAGCCGCAGCCGGAACCAGAUUCUGGCAUGGACACAGGUUCAGUGGCAGGAUUGGAAUUGACUGAUCAGACUCCUGUUUUAAUAGGGAAUACGGCCAUGGCAACUAGUCUCACGAAUGUUGGAAAUUCAUUUAAUAAUCCAUCUAAUUCUUUAGUAUCUAGAUCUAAUAAAUUUCAAAACUCAUCUGUGGAAGAUGAUGAUGAUGUUGUUUUUAUUGAACCUGUACAACCUCCCACACCUUCCGCACCAGUGGUAAAUGAUCAAAGAACCAUAACAUUUACAUCAUCCAAAAAUGAAGAACUACAAGGAAAUGAUUCGAAAAUUCUUCCUUCUUCAAAAGAAUUGGCUUCUCAGAAGGGAAGUGUAAGUGAGACAAUUGUCAUUGAUGAUGAAGAAGACAUGGAAACAAAUCAAGCUCAAGAUAAAAAUUCUUCCAAUUUUAUUGAACAACGACCCUCUGAAACUAAAAACAGAACUAAUGAUGUGGAUUUCUCCACUUCUACUUUUUCAAGAAGUAAGGUAAAUGCAGGAAUGGGUAAUAGUGGUAUCACCACAGAACCAGACUCUGAAAUUCAGAUUGCUAAUGUUACAACCUUAGAAACAGGUGUAAGCUCUGUGAAUGAUGGCCAAUUAGAAAACACAGACGGGAGAGAUAUGAACUUAAUGAUUACACAUGUAACAUCACUGCAGAAUACCAACUUGGGAGAUGUCUCUAACGGACUGCAGCCAAGUAAUUUUGCUGUUAAUAUACAAACAUACACCCCAUCUUUAACUUCACAGACCAAGACUGGAGUAGGACCUUUUAAUCCUGGUAGAAUGAAUGUAGCAGGAGAUGUUUUUCAGAAUGGAGAAUCUGCAACUCAUCAUAAUCCUGAUUCUUGGAUCUCGCAGUCAGCUUCAUUUCCUCGUAAUCAGAAGCAACCAGGGGUGGAUUCUUUGUCACCGGUGGCCUCGCUUCCUAAACAGAUUUUCCAGCCGUCUGCCCAACAGCAACCUACUAAACCAGUUAAAGUCACUUGUGCAAACUGCAAAAAGCCAUUGCAGAAAGGACAGACAGCUUAUCAACGGAAAGGAUCUGCUCACCUCUUUUGUUCCACCACCUGCCUUUCCUCCUUUUCUCACAAACCUGCCCCAAAGAAGCUCUGUGUGAUGUGUAAAAAAGAUAUAACUACAAUGAAAGGAACCAUUGUUGCUCAAGUUGAUUCAAGUGAAUCCUUCCAGGAAUUCUGUAGUACGUCUUGUUUGUCUCUCUAUGAAGAUAAGCAGAAUCCUACAAAAGGAGCUCUAAAUAAAUCAAGAUGUACAAUUUGUGGUAAACUAACAGAGAUUCGCCAUGAAGUCAGCUUUAAAAAUAUGACUCAUAAGCUGUGCAGUGACCACUGCUUUAAUAGAUACAGAAUGGCUAAUGGUCUGAUAAUGAAUUGCUGUGAACAGUGUGGAGAGUACCUGCCCAGCAAAGGGGCUGGGAAUAAUGUCCUGGUGAUAGAUGGUCAGCAGAAAAGAUUUUGCUGUCAAAGUUGUGUCAGUGAAUACAAACAGGUAGGUAGCCAUCCAAGCUUCCUGAAAGAGGUUCGAGAUCACAUGCAGGACUCCUUCUUAAUGCAGCCUGAGAAAUACGGAAAACUGACCACAUGUACUGGUUGCCGGACACAGUGCAGGUUUUUUGAUAUGACUCAGUGUAUAGGCCCUAAUGGUUAUAUGGAGCCAUAUUGUUCAACAGCAUGCAUGAAUAGUCACAAGACAAAAUAUGCAAAAUCACAAAGUUUGGGAAUUAUUUGCCAUUUUUGUAAACGAAACUCUUUACCUCAAUAUCAAGCCACAAUGCCUGAUGGAAAACUGUAUAACUUUUGCAAUUCCAGUUGUGUAGCUAAAUUUCAGGCACUAAGUAUGCAGUCAUCUACAAAUGGACAGUUUGUAGUUCCAAGUGACAUUCAGUUGAAAUGCAACUAUUGUAAAAAUUCCUUUUGUUCAAAGCCAGAAAUCCUGGAAUGGGAGAACAAAGUACAUCAAUUCUGCAGCAAAACUUGCUCAGAUGACUAUAAGAAGUUGCAUUGCAUAGUUACAUAUUGUGAAUACUGCCAAGAGGAGAAGACUCUUCAUGAAACAGUAAAUUUCUCUGGAGUUAAGAGACCUUUCUGUAGUGAAGGCUGUAAACUCUUGUACAAACAAGAUUUUGCAAGACGUUUAGGACUGAGAUGUGUUACUUGCAACUAUUGCUCUCAGCUUUGCAAGAAGGGAGCAACAAAAGAGCUUGAUGGUGUUGUAAGAGAUUUCUGUAGUGAAGACUGCUGUAAAAAAUUUCAGGAUUGGUACUAUAAGGCUGCAAGAUGUGACUGUUGUAAAUCUCAAGGAACUCUUAAAGAGAGAGUGCAGUGGCGUGGGGAAAUGAAACAUUUCUGUGAUCAACAUUGCUUAUUACGUUUCUACUGUCAGCAAAAUGAGCCCAACAUGACAACCCAGAAAGGACCUGAAAACUUACAUUAUGAUCAGGGUUGUCAGACGUCCCGAACCAAAAUAACAGGUUCAGCACCACCCCCUUCUCCAACACCUAACAAAGAGAUGAAGAACAAAGCAGUUCUUUGCAAACCUUUAACAAUGACAAAAGCUACUUACUGUAAACCUCAUAUGCAGACAAAGUCUUGUCAGACAGAUGACACUUGGAAGACAGAGUAUGUCCCGGUGCCUAUCCCUGUGCCUGUGUAUAUCCCGGUGCCCAUGCACAUGUACAGUCAGAGUAUUCCUGUUCCCACUACUGUUCCUGUGCCUGUGCCAGUUCCUGUUUUUCUGCCUGCCCCUUUGGACAGUAGCGAGAAGAUUUCUGCAGCGGUUGAGGAGCUAAAAAGCAAAGUUUCUUCUGAUCCUCUCGAUUCAGAGUUACUUACAAUGGCAGAUAUAAUGACUGAAGAUGAUGGGAAAACAGAAGCUUCCAACAUCAACAGUGUAAUUAUUGAAACAGACAUAAUUGGUUCAGAUCUGUUGAAGAACUCCGACCCAGAGACACAGUCCAACAUGCCUGAUGUACCGUAUGAACCAGAUUUAGAUAUCGAAAUAGAUUUUCCCAGAGCUGCCGAGGAACUUGAUAUGGAAAAUGAAUUUUUAUUACCUCCUGUUUUUGGAGAAGAAUAUGAGGAGCAACCUAGACCUAGAUCUAAAAAGAAGGGAGCCAAGAGAAAAGCUAUAUCAGGAUACCAGUCUCAUGAUGAUAGUUCUGACAAUUCGGAAUGCAGCUUUCCCUUCAAGUACACAUAUGGUGUAAAUGCUUGGAAACACUGGGUCAAAACUAGGCAACUUGAUGAAGAUCUUCUGGUAUUAGAUGAGUUAAAAUCCUCUAAAUCAGUAAAGUUAAAAGAGGAUCUCCUCUCUCACACCACAGCUGAGCUUAACUAUGGGUUAGCUCAUUUUGUCAAUGAAAUUCGCCGACCAAAUGGAGAGAAUUAUGCACCUGACAGCAUCUAUUAUCUUUGCCUUGGAAUACAGGAGUAUUUGUGUGGUAGUAAUCGAAAAGACAACAUAUUUAUUGAUCCAGGAUACCAGACAUUUGAACAAGAAUUGAAUAAAAUACUCCGAAGUUGGCAACCAAGCAUUCUUCCAGAUGGGUCAAUAUUCUCUCGAGUUGAAGAAGAUUAUCUCUGGAGGAUAAAACAAUUAGGAUCACACUCUCCAGUAGCUCUUCUGAAUACCCUGUUCUACUUUAACACUAAAUAUUUUGGUCUGAAAACAGUGGAGCAACAUUUAAGACUUUCCUUUGGCACUGUAUUUAGGCAUUGGAAAAAAAAUUCUUUAACAAUGGAAAACAAAGCCUGUCUUCGAUAUCAAGUGUCUUCUUUGUGUGGAACAGAUAAUGAAGGUAAUAAAAUUACUACUGGAAAAAGAAAACAUGAAGAUGAUGAACCAGUAUUUGAACAAAUUGAAAACACAGCCAAUCCGUCUAGAUGUCCUGUUAAAAUGUUUGAAUGCUACUUAUCUAAAAGUCCACAGAAUCUUAAUCAGAGAAUGGAUGUUUUUUAUUUGCAACCAGAAAGCUCUAGUUCUACAGAUAGCCCUGUCUGGUACACAUCUACUUCACUGGACCGAAACACCUUGGAAAAUAUGCUCGUACGGGUUCUUUUAGUAAAAGAUAUUUAUGAUAAAGACAAUUAUGAACUGGAUGAAGACACAGACUAAAAAGGAACAUUUCAGAAGCAAUCGGGAUAAAACAGCAUUAGAUAGUCAGUCAUGCUGCUAGAUCUUUAUUAUGGAAAACAUUUCAAGUUUACUCCUGUUUUGAGUUUUGUAGCAGUGUACCCACACAUGGGUAUUACCAUGUAAAUAAUCUGUGAGUGAAAGUUGCCAUUAUUCUAUGUAGUGGUUUUAGGAUACUUAACAAAUACGUUCAAAUUCUUUUUUUAUUAUUAUUUAUUUAAUUAGGUAUGUUUAUAACUUUUUACAUUACAAAAUAUGAAUGAGAAUGUGCCAUUUAUAAUUUUUUUUUCUUGUAGUAAGAAACAUCCAUAUUUCACAACUCUACUGUUGCAAAUCCUCCUUGAAUUCAGGGGACUCUUUUAUUGGGUUCUUAACCAGAUGGUUAUGUAUGUAUAGGUAGCACUACUAAAAGUUUAGAACUUGCAGUGUCUUUCAGAAUUUUUAAAAUAAACUGUAAACUAAUAGGUUGGGUAUUUUUGUUUUGUUUCGGGGGGAGGGAGUUGUUUCACAUUUUAGUUUCUGAAGCCUUACAAGGUUCUGUAGAGAGAUACCAUCUUCUGUACCAAAAAUAGACAAGAGAAUGCUGUCAAUAUUGGUGUACUGUAAUGUGAAUCUUUACUGGUAAACACAACUUUUUGUUCCCAUUAUUAAAACCUUAGUGUCCUUUUCUCA